AUGGUCACCUGGCGUGUAUCACAAGGCCUGGCCCUCCUGGCCGGCCUGGCUCUCUCCCAAGCCGCCAUCCUCCCCCGCGAGAGCAACCCUCCCAACAUGGCCCUCCGUCCCUGGGUCACCGUCGGAGCCGAGGGCGCCACCAAGACGAUCACGCCCACCAUCAACGACGGCAAGACGACGUCCACCUUCCCGGGGAGCACCACGCUCCCGACGGCCGACGCCAAGGGCGAGGGCUCCUUCCUGCUCUGCAACCCGGCCGCGGGCUCCGGCGGGCUCACGCAGCCGAUCUGCGCGCCGGCCAAGAACAGCGAGGUGGAGGGCGGCAAGACGUAUUUCGGUGAGCCCUUCACCUGGGACGCCUCCCUCUUCCCCUCCCCCAACACCGUCGUCCAGAUCCAGGGAGACUACGGCGUGAACAAGUUCAUGAAGGAGCCCGGCCACGGCUUCACCUCGCUCGAGAUCUCGGCGUCCCAGGGCUUCUUCGCCUGGUCCGUCCUGAAGUAUGAGAUGCCCGUCGGCGAGGUCCUCGACGUGCAGCUGUUCCUGGCCGUGCCCGCCACCAACGGCAGCAUCACCUCCCGCGAGCCCGGCCCGAAGGUGCGCGUCGUGAGGAGGGAAAAGGCAGAUGAGCCGCUCCGCCGCCGCGCCAACGUUUUCGGGAUCGUCCUUCCGGUCAUCUUUGGCGUGUUGGCCCUGGGCGGCAUCGGCUGGUUCGUCUGGUGGUACGGCAGGAAGAAGGGCAUGUUCACGUCCCGCAGCCAGGGUUAUGGUGUGGGAAAGAGCCGUGGACAGAGAACGGACGGCCUCCGGCUCGCGGACGGCACGUUCACGUCGGCGAAUCGUGGUGGUGUCGAGAUGAUGCCGCCUCCGAGACCCCCGCCGCCGAGUACCCAGACCACCGGCACGGUCAACGCAUUCCGCCAGGAGAUCGACAGACAGGAGCGCAAUGAUAAGGCUCUGAGUAUGAUGUGA